GAAGAGCUUUCAGGUGACCUUCUCCUGCCUCUACAGGUCUUGCUGUACACGCUCGGCACGUAGAGGUACUGUUCCGUCAUGUUUCUGGUUCUGGUGGUGACAGAUGAGCUGAGGCAAGUCCUGGUUAUGGCGAGGAGUGGGACAGGCCGUCUCAUUCAGGUGCUGAUCCAAAACGAGCAGCUGGUGCUGGGGACAUGCCAUGACCCGUUUCAGUCCUGGGACAAAGAUUAUGACCUCUUCCUGCUUCCUCUACUAGAUCCUGAGGAGCCAUGCUACUUUCUUUACCGCCUCGACUCCCAAAAUGCACUAGGCUACGAGUGGAUUUUCAUCUCCUGGUCCCCUGACCAGUCUCCAGUCAGAAAGAAGAUGCUGUAUGCUGCCACUCGUGCCACAGUGAAGAAAGAAUUCGGUGGAGGCCAUGUGAAAGAUGAGCUGUUUGGUACUGUGGUGGAAGAUAUAUGUCUUCAGGGUUACUUACGACAUGAUUCAUCAAACUCCACCCCUGCUCCUCUCACACAUGCUGAGCAGGAACUGCAACGAAUUAAAAUCACAGAGGGCAAAGUUAAGCAGGUGAUAACGGAGGUGGGUGUAGAAACGAAGCCACAGACUUUACAGGGUCUAGCCUUUCCUCUACAGGCAGAAGCCAGACAUGCUUUACAGCAACUCAAGGAGAGACGCGUGAACUAUAUUCAACUGAGACUGGACACUGAAAAGGAGACUAUUGAGUUGGUACACACUAAUCCCACAGCAAUAGAGGAGCUUUGCAGCAGAAUCCCAACAAACUCGCCGCGCUAUCACUUCUUCCUCUAUAAGCACUCUCAUGAGGGAGCAUACCUCGAGUCUGUGGUGUUUAUCUACUCAAUGCCUGGAUACAGCUGCAGUGUUAAGGAGAGGAUGUUGUAUUCCAGUUGUAAAAGUCGACUGCUGGAGGAUGUAGAGCGAGACUUUUACAUACAGGUGGCCAAAAAGAUAGAAAUAGAGAGUGGUGACGAGCUGACGGAGCAGUACCUGUAUGAAGAAAUCCAUCCUAAGCAGCAUGCUCACAAGGAGGCGUUUGCCAAACCUCGUGGCCCUGCGGGGAAAAGGGGACACAAACGGCUCAUUAAAGGAGUGGGAGGGAAUGGCAUGAACACCUAAAAAGAACAGAAAGAGAUAAAAAGGUCCUCACUGUUCUUUCCGUGAAUUGAAGGCUGCUUUUGGCUGUCAAAAAUCCGACAGCCUGUUAGUUUGUGUGGAGCAGGUUGUAAAGUUUUAAAGCCUGUCUGCACAUUUUAUUUAUCAUUGUGUUGCCUUGGUUUUUACUUUGUGGUUUGUGAUUAGUUUUUCAUUAAAACAUAAAUGCUUUUGA